AAAAUUUCCUAAUCAGAUAUCUGAAUGGGCCGGAUGUAUACGAAUGACGAAGAUGUCAAGUUAUUUCAUGUACUCGGCUUUCAAGUGUCAUAUAAUGACGAUUGUCAUCAAACGCUGAGUAACGGUUUAAUUUCAAAGUCAAUUUUUUGUUUACUGUCCAAACUGCGAUAAACGCUUAUAUUUGCUUUGUUUCGAAAAUUCUAUGCUUACCAAAAUGUAUUCAUAUUAUGGAUGAUCGUCAAUAAUUAUAUUUUUUGUUACAUUAUAAUCAUAUGUAAUAAUGUCGUUCUUUAAUAAUUUCAAGAAAAUUUUUAAUCUUGGAAAUGUAACUGGGUCCGAAAAUAAGCGUAAAAAGUUAUGCAAUAACAUUCGAUUCAACGAAAAUCCAGAAGAUUUCUGGGACAUUGUUGGUGAAUUAGGCGAUGGUGCUUUUGGUAAAGUUUAUAAGGCUUCCAAUAAAGUAGGUGCCUUCAGUGAACUUGCAGCAGCAAAAAUCUGUGAGUUAAAAGGAGAAGAUGACCUUGAUGAUUUUACUGUUGAAAUCGAUAUUUUAACUGACUGCAGGCAUCCUAAUAUUGUUGGACUUUUAGAAGCAUUUUUCUUUGACAGCAAGCUGUGGAUGCUUAUUGAGUUUUGCGAAGGAGGUGCUCUUGAUAGUAUCAUGAUGGAUUUGGAAAAGCCCCUCACUGAACCCCAGAUAAGAUAUGUGUGCCGUGAAAUGUUAAUAGGACUUCAGUUUUUGCAUUCUAUGAAAGUAAUUCAUCGUGAUUUGAAAGCAGGAAAUGUUCUAUUGACGUUGGAUGCAGGGGUUAAAUUGGCUGAUUUUGGAGUGUCUGCAAAGAACAAAGAUACAUUACAAAAGAGAGAUUCAUUUAUUGGGACUCCUUAUUGGAUGGCUCCGGAAGUUGUGAUCUGUGAAACAUUUCGAGACAACUUGUAUGAUUACAAGGCUGACAUUUGGAGUUUAGGAAUAACUCUGAUUGAAUUCGCUCAAAUGGAACCCCCUAAUCAUGAGCUAAGCCCAAUGCGUGUACUUUUGAAAGUGCAGAAGUCGGACCCACCCAAGUUAGACCAACCUUCUAAAUGGUCAUCAGAUUUUAGUCAGUUUCUGUCAAAAUGUCUUGUGAAAGAUCCUGAACUUCGCCCUAGCUCAUCUGAGCUUUUAAAACACCCAUUCGUUGAGCAUGCUACUGAUAAGAAGCCUUUGUUGGAACUGAUCGUUGAAUAUAAAGCUGAAGUAUUUGAGGAAGUCACUGAAGAAGCUGAUGAUGAAUCGAAAAAUAUACUGUUGGAAGUUAAGGCUUGGUUUGAUACACAUUAUUUCAAUGCUGCACCAGGCUACAAAUUGCUUUCUCAUCCACCUUAUUCUCCAGAUCUGGCUUCCAGCAAAUUUUUCCUGUUUGAUGGCCUCAAAAGAACGCUCGCUGGGAAGGAAUUUAGCAUUGAUGAAGAGGAAUCAUCUAUAUCAACAACAUGCAGAAACUCUCAAUUAAGCAUGGAUAGUGAAAUCCUAGAUAAUGUGUCAAAUUAUAGUGAACCUAUUGAUGAAAAUGUGACAUUAUCUAAAAGUUGCCCAACAGAAGAAACAAUUGAAAAGCUAUAUCAAGUUUCUAAAGGAUCUACAAACAGUGAUGAAUGUGGCCCAAAAGAAGUUUCUGAAGACAGCACUGUUUCUGAUGACUCUGUGCUUAGUAGUGAAAUUGAAUUUCAUUCAGAGAGUAAUACAGAAUCAGUUUUAAGUUCCUUGAACGCAGAUGUUACAUCCGAAGCUGCAUAUGAAAAAGAAAGGAAUAGGUCCGAUUCAAUUGCAGACUCAAAAUCUAAUUCAGAAAGUCAUCAAAAUGAUUCUGGAAUUGUUCAGGGUAGUGAUGUUAAUGAAUCAGUACCUUCUCUUCAGUCAAAACAAACAUUGGACAAUGCCACUUUGCAAAUUAUUGUGGAGAUCAAUCCAGAAAUACAUUCAGAUGAACCUUCAUCUUGUGAUAAAACAGAGUUAAAUUUUGACCUUGAUGAUAGUUCAAAAAGUGAAAAUGAACUAUGUUCAACCAUUGACAAAUAUGAAGAGGAAAACAUAGUUAGUUCUGAAAACAACACUUUAGAAUCUGAAGAGCAAGUAGAUGACAAUCAUUUAACGGUGAGACAAUGUGUUAUGGAUGUGAAUAAUGCUGAAACUGCUGUAAUGGAAAAUCAAGAUAUGAAAAAUCAACAAAUGGAUAAUCCAUUGCAUUUAAAUGAAAAUACUGCAGUUGAAUGUGCUGAUACAACUAACUUAGAGCCUUUACAAGAAAUAACAUCUGAACACAAACCAAAUUAUCAUGAAAGUGUACAUGAAAUUGAAAUGGAUUUACCUAGUGCUUUAUUUGAAACUGCCAUGUUGGACUCAAACGAUGCAGAUGAUAAAAAAGAAAAGAUUGAAUGCUGUGAUGCUCUGGAUAAUGCCUGCAGCUUAAAAAUAGACUGUUUCAAUGUUUGUCAGCAUGAUGAACAAGCUUUUUUAGGAUCAGAAUCUUCUGAACUUGCUUUUGCUAAAAUUCCUGAAAAAACAGUUGAAUUAUCAACCUAUUCCUUUUCUCCAUUAAAUUUAGAAGUUGCUGAAGAAAGUUUAAUUUUUGAAAGUAAAAUUGUUCCUGAAGUUGUUGAAAAUAGUUCUACUGCUAACACUGAUACAAUAAAAGACUCACCUUCAGUUUCUAAUGAAGUUGAAAACCUUAAAAACACUACUUUUUCUUCCACAGAAUUUUCACUUGAUUCUGAAAUUGAAGAGCAUAAAAACUCUAAUUUUUCAUGUUCAGAAGUUUCUCAUGAAUCUGUUGAAUCCGAAUUAGCUUGUGAGGAAUACCAUAAUUCAGACUCAAGGGUCAAGAGUUCUUCGUCAUCAGUACUUAUACCAUUAUCUCCAGAACCAAGGCAUUUACAAAGUUCUGAGAAUAUUUAUUUCCAAAAAGAAUCUUCUGAAGACUUAGGCAUAACACAUUCAAGCAAUGUUAACAUUCUGACACAAAACAUUGCUACUGUGCAAGAUUGUCCAAAUUUAUCCGAAAUUAAAAGCAAUAACAAUGAUCUUAGUGUAAUAAAAGCAAAUGCAGAUCUCGUUGAAGCCAAUUCUUUGGCAAUGAAGAGCAUUCCCAUUGAGAAUGAAGAGUCUUCUUCAGUCUUAGAUGAUAACAAUCAUUCUGUUGCAGCAACUGAAUCCCCAUGCAUUGAAAAACCUAAUUUAUUUAAUUUAAAGCAGACUGAUAUUUUAAAAAAAGAGUGUCUUAAUAAAGGAAUGGAAAGUUUGGAAUCUUCAGAAAAAGAAUGUAGAGACACUGCUGAAAAGAAUGAAAAUAGAAGUGCUUCUGAUGUUAGUAAAAAAGUGUCCUCUAAUGUUUUAGGAAAAUAUGAGGAAGAUACGCAAAAUAAAGAUAUUAAUUCAUGUAAUAAAGAUCAGUAUAGUGUUAAUAAAAUGGACUGUUCUGUUCUUAUCAACCAAGACAAUUGCACUGUUUCAGAAAAAGAACUUUCUCAAGUGAUUCUAAGAAAAACGGAGAAACCUAUUGGCUCGUCAUUCAAAAAAGGAAUAACUACAGCAAAUGCAUCAAAUAGAAUUAAACAAAAAACUCUCAAGAAAACUCGAAAAUUUAUGAUUGAUGGUGUCAUUGUAACAACAACAACUAGUAAAGUUAUAUAUGGUGAUGAAGAUAGGCCUUUUAAAGAUGAUAAUGUGUUAAGAAAAAUGGAACUUAGAGAACUGAAAAUGCUACAAAAAUUGGAAACAAAGCAGUUUCAAGAUUUAAGUGCUAAAGCUCAAGCUGCUCGUGAACAAGCAGAGAAACGAUAUGAUCAAGAAAUGUCUGCUCUGAUGAGAAGUUAUGAUGCAGACAUAGAAGUUUUAUCUAGGCAACAAAAGCAACAACUGGAAAGAGCUGAGCAACAACAAGAUUUGGAUUUAAAAUUUGCAUCUAAAAAAGUCAGAGCUGAGCAGGAUAGAGAAUUAAGAGCGUUCAGAGAAAGUUUGAAGCAUGAAUUGAAGCUGCUAAAGCAUGAAAUUGAUUUAUUGCCCAAAGAUAAAAGAAAAGACACUUUCAAAGAAAGAAAAGAGCAACUUGAUGUUGAGCAUUCUGAAAAAGAGAUUGCCUUUCUGAAAAAACUUAAUGAAAAUCAUGAACUUUCCAUGAAAAGACUUAGUGACAGUUACAGUGCUAAGAUUUGUCUCUUAGAACGUCAGUUUUUGCAGCAAAAACAACAACUUCUUAGAGCAAGAGAAGCUGCUGUUUGGGAACUGGAAGAACGACAUUUACAAGAGAAGCAUCAGUUGUCAAAGCGCCAGCUGAAAGAUAUUUUUUUUCUUCAGCGUCAUCAAAUGCUUGUCCGCCAUGAAAAGGAGCUUGAACAAGUUAAACGAAUGAAUGCUUGUAAAGAAGAAGAAUUGCUUAAACUCCAAACAAUUGAAAGAAGACAACUACCAAAAAGAAUUCGAGCUGAAAUGAAAACUAGAGAUUUAAUGUUUAGGAAAAGCUUACGUAUAACUCAUGUUCCUGAAUCAUCUGAAGAAGAAAGGGAAAAAAUUAGAAAGUUUCAAGAAGGAGAGAAAAAGAGAUAUAAAGCUGAGCAAAUGCGUCAUGAUCUGAAACAGAAAAAACAGCUGGAAGAAGUACGGGUGGCUGCAGAAACAACAAUAAAAGAGUUAGAGCAGUUACAGAAUGAAAAAAGAAAGAUGUUAAUGGAGCACGAAACAGCUAAAUUAAAACAGCUGGAAGAACAACAUUCAACGGAACUGCUGGAGUGGAAAACAAGUUUAAAACCUCGGAAACAGAGUUUAGAAGAAGAAUUUUCCUCUGAGCGAGAAGAGCAAGAGACUAUUCUUCAACAUAAACUAACUGAAGAGCAUUGCUUAUCUGCAGCUCGCAAAAUUGACAGUAGUCAUAGACAAAAUUAACAGCAUCCCUAACUGAGUCAGUAUUAAAUGUUUCAAAAUAUGUCUCUCAAUUGGCCACUGAGUGCCUUUCUGCUGUGCCAAUUACUUCAGCAAUGCAUUGAAAACAGUUACAUUUUAGAAGACUUUUAACCAUAAACGAAAGUAUUUUAAUACAAACUUUAUAUUUGAAUUGAAAUGUCAGUGGCCAAGACAUCUGUGAUAUUAUUGUUACAGUUUUAAUGUAACUUCUUUAGAUGGUCAUGGUUUUUUUUUUUUUUUUUUUGCUAAAUCUUUGAUAUUAAUGUUCAUAGUGGCUUAAAAUAGCAUUCAA